CACAGGUGGCGUCUGCAAGAGCCUGGAGAGAAAGGACUGCUCGCACCUUCCUCAAGAAGAACUCCACGUACACCUUACUGCAGGUGCUCAGUCCACGCGUCGACAUCGGCGUGUAUGGCACGAGUAAGAGCAAGCGCAAGCGUGCCAAAGAACUGAUGGAGAAAGACCGUGGUCUGGAUCUGGAAACUCUGAGCGACCUCGAGGAGAGCUUAGAGGAGACCCGCAACCCCAGCGUCGUCGUAGCCGCCUUCAAAGCCAGAGAACAACAAGAAGGAGAUGCCAUCCAUUCGCUCCGCGCUGCCAACCUGGCCAAAAUGUCAAUAGUGGAGCGCAUAGAAGAGGUGAAAUUUUGUCUGUGUCGUAAAACGGCCAGCGGCUUCAUGCUGCAGUGCGAGCUGUGCAAAGACUGGUUCCACGGCGCUUGCGUCCCGCUGCCCAAAGCCGGACCUCAGAAGAAAAUGGUGCCCGGCUGGCAGGGCUCCAGCAAGGAGUCAAAGUUUCUUUGUCCGCUGUGUCAGCGUUCGAGACGUCCGAGGCUGGAAACUAUCCUGUCGCUGCUGGUGUCGCUGCAGAAGCUUCCGGUCAGGCUGCCGGAGGGCGAGGCACUGCAGUGUCUCACCGAGAGAGCCAUGGGCUGGCAGGACCGCGCUCGGCAAGCCCUCGCCACCGACGAACUCUCUUCGGCCCUGGCCAAGCUGUCUGUGCUCAGCCAGCGCAUGGUGGAGCUCGCUGCUCGAGAAAAGACAGAGAAGAUCAUCAAUGCAGAGCUGCAGAAGGCUGCAAACAACCCAGACCUGCAGGGACACAUCCAGACAUUUCAGCAGGCCGGAUUCAGCAGAGCCACAUCACCUCGACCCUCUGUAGACUAUGAUGAUGAAGAGACCGACUCGGACGAGGACAUCAGAGAGACCUACGGAUACGAUGACAAGGAUUCAGGAGAAGUAAAGCCGUAUUUGUUCUGCGAUGAGGAAAUCCCUGUGAAGUCGGAGGAGGUGGUCAGUCAUAUGUGGCCGACUACGCCGUCUUUCUGCGCGGAGCACGCAUACUCCUCUGCCUCCAAGUCCUGCCCUCAGAAUCAGGCCGUCCCACGCAAGCAGCCCAGAAAAACACCCCUGGUGCCACGGAGUCUGGAGCCGCCGGUUCUCGAGCUGUCGCCGGCCGCCAAAGCUCAGCUGGAGGAGCUGAUGAUGGAGGGCGACCUGCUGGAAGUGUCUCUGGACGAGACGCAGCACAUCUGGAGGAUCCUGCAGGCGACGCACCCCCCUUCGGAGGACAAGUUCCUGCAGGUCAUAGAGCCCGAUGACGCUCCUCUGGCCAAACCCGUCAAGUUGAAGGUGAAGGACAUGGAGAAGAAGAGGAAGAGGAAGCUGGAAAGAGCGGAACAGCAGCUGCUUCUGGUUGCCAGCGGCAUGGAGGGCCGAGCCAAGUCUAAAGACAUGAAACGGGUUCUGGAGCUCAAGCCCAAGAAGAAGAGACUGAAGCUGAACCCGGACUCGAAGUCUCGCGAGCUGAAGCAGCUGGCCAAGCGGCUCGCCAAAGAGGAGAAAGAACGGAAGAGGAAAGAGAAAGCCGCCAAGGCUGACUUCUCCAAGGAGGGUCUCGAGAGGAAAGCCAGAAAGAUCCUGGACAUCCCGUCGAAAUAUGACUGGUCCGGAGCCGAGGACUCCAAUGACGAGAACGCCGUUUGUGCCGCCAAGAACUGCCAGCGGCCGUGCAAGGAUAAGGUGGACUGGGUCCAGUGUGACGGCGGCUGCGAUGAAUGGUUUCAUCAGGUGUGUGUUGGCGUGUCGUGCGAGAUGGCCGAGAAUGAAGACUAUAUCUGCUCGGCCUGCUCUCGUAAAGCCGUUGUUGCAGAGACGGUAGUGAUGUCAUCAUCAGCGUGCGACGCUCCGUCUGUCCCGACUCAAGCCCUCAACCCCCAGGAGAGCAGUUAACACACAGAAACAAACCCCAUCGCAACUAACUAAUAGCUGCAGCACGGGGGAUCCAUGAGCUUAUGCUGGGUCAUCAUGACAUCACACAGCCAAUGAACUUCCUGUCUGAAGUCCCGCCUCCGUUUUCAUGUGUGUGAUGGGGAUGAAAUGCUUGUUUAUGAUGUGUAAAUGGAUUUUUAGCUAUUCGUGAUGGGAAGUUGGAUGCUAGUUUGUUGUGGUCAUUUUUGCAUAUUAAGGUCAUGAUGAUGAUUUGGGGAAACAAUAAUAAAUAAAUCUUACUAGUCUUAAAACGAGCAUUUCCUUUCUGAAAUAUAUUUCAGUUUGUUUGGAGAUUUUAUCAGAGUGUAAUGCAGGGAAGAAGCUGUUAUGAAAAGAAUCGUUUGGCCUUGACUUGACUGAGCAGAAGGUCAUUUUAUAUGAUAACAUCACAUCUGUAUCUGUUUGACCAUCUAGUUCAGUCAAAGGGUGCAUUUGAAGUUUUCAGAUAUGAUUACUUCGCCAUUACAGAACCUGAGGACACAUACAUGAGUGAAGGGCUCAUUUUUCAUCCCCACCUGAGCUCCACAUACACAAGUGUACUGACUAAAGACACGAGUCCCCGUACUGUGGAACAAAACUAAAUCACAUGAGAUUGUUUGAAUAUUCGCCUUAACAAAAACUAUAAUCUGUCCGAAUAUCUCUACGACAUUGGUGAUCAAUCAUCGGCUGAAAGAGAAAGAUAAACAUGACUCCACAUGAAAGGUCUAUUGUAAAAUCACCAAGAAUUUAAAUUUGCUUCUUUUCCUGUCGAUGUCAAUGGGUUCUUUAGCAAUUUGUUGUGUCGAUGGCACACCACACUGGAUUUCUCUAGCUGUUUGUUGGGUUUUGUCUAACUGACACAGUAGUUUUGUGUUUUAACAUUCUGAAAAUGUGAUUGUCACAACACCGGACACGAGUGACGCGAUGCAACAAAUGGCUUGUUCUUAAUGGUUUCUGUUUUGCACCGCACCGCUUGCGUGCUGGGUGGACUGUAUAUUCACUGUAAAUAAACCAUUGGUCCCCAACCUUUUUGACUUUUAGGCCCCGUUGUAUUUAACAAUAUUCAAAUCCCCCAUCCCCAGUAAAACUCAAUCAAUAAAAUAUUAUAGAGCUUAAAAUUAACUGGAAAAAUGUUUGUUCAGUAUAAAAAUGGCCAAAUAUAAAGAAAUAAAUUGUUUUUUAAUGUA